GAAAUAAUAGAUGAAAUUCCUUUAUUUCAAUAUAUCUCUCCCAAAUGCGUGUGGAAGCUUGAACAAGAGUGACGUGUAUGGAUACUCAGUUUCUUUACAUUCAUCGAAUUAUUUUGGUCGCAGUUGGCUUAUGGCCUUACCAUCGAACAAUGCUUGUCCAACUUCAGUGUUCUGUGUUUUCUAUUACUUUGAUUAGCUUUAUUAUAUUUCAGCUUACAACAUUUCUAACUAUAGAAUGGACUAUUGACUUUAUUGUUGAAAUUCUCUCUAUAUCAAUUGUAAUUCUUAUGUUCGCAAUACUUUAUAAUUCUUUUUGGAUCAACACACAUGGUGUGAAGCGCAUAUUGAACAAUCUUCAGUACAUCUGCAGUAACUUAAAGGACGAAAACGAAAUUGCCAUAAUAAAAAGAUACGGAUACAUUGCAAAAUGUGUUAUAAUUGGAAUGAUAUUGUUCGUAAUGUGCUCUUUCUUCAUCGUAACUCUUUUGCCAAUUCUGCCGCGGAUUUUCGGCAUCUUUUUCCUCGUAAAUGAAUCCGAGCCAUAUCGCAAUGUGUAUAUCAGGACUGAAUAUUUUGUCGAUGAAGAAAAAUAUUUUUAUUUUAUUUUGCUGCAUCUGUACGUAGUCCAGUACAUAGUUGGAGGUACACUAUUAGCGAUACAAACAGUUUUGCUGGGUUACUUUAUAUAUUUUUGUGGAUUAUUUAACAUUGCCAGUUACCGUAUCGAACAAGCAAUGCGGAUUAGUGACGAAGUAACUAAUCGGACGAACAAGAGGCAGGUUGACAAGAAUAUAAGUCAUGCAGUGGACAUUCAUCGCACAACUCUUAAGAUUAUUAAAUUCUAUCUAUAUAACUUCGAGAACACAUGCUUUCUUCUAAUACUGCUAGUUGUAAUUUGCUUGAGCCUUCAUCUGUUUGGAAUCUUUCAAGCUGUUUGUUUUGUAUUUAGGAUGGAAGAAUUUAUAUUACACUGUGGUUUUACGAUUGGCAUUUUACUAUGCUCAUUUGCAGGCAACUACAUGGGUCAAGAAAUUACUGAUCACUAUAAUUACAUAUUUUCAACCGCAUAUAACGUUCGAUGGUACGUUGAACCUGUACGCGUGCAAAGAUUAAUAUUUUUUCUUGUGCAAAGAGGAACUAAGCCUUAUGGCAUGAAAUUCGGUGGUCUUUAUACACUAUCUUUAGAAACCUUUGCGUCGGUAAACCUAUAUACAUAUAUAUACUAUAUACGUAUUAACACAUUAAGAGACACGGUAGUGCUCGCGCCAAGUUCGCGCGCAGCGCAAUGGCAGCGAGAGACGGACCGUGUAUCUUUACGCAAGCCGACUAGUUGAGACUAGCCGAGAUUUGCUGAUCUUAAUAACGCGUGGAUCGAUCGAGUUAAGAAUAGGCUCAAUCGAUUCUGCGUACUCGAAUUAUAUAAUGAAAGUGUUUUUAUUUUUCUCCUACAUGCCCGGUGAAGGGAGAUAUUACGAUGCAAAGUCCACAUCGUGAAAUAUUUUAUUAAGAAACUCUCUUAUCGUCAUCUUGGUCACGGAAAAUGUACAGUUCACCUUUUCACCACUAGACGGCGUUUACGGCAGUGUCGGCAUAGAGACCCUAGAAGUAAGAGACUGGCCAAGGUUUUCAAUUUCUGAUUGGCUGGAUACAUAAUGGCGGAAUAAUAAUGGCGGAACCAAUCAAUGACGAGCAAAUGUAAGCUUACUACAGAAGUAUCGCUCGUGUAAACGUAAUGAUAGUUGUAAAUACUAUUGAAAAAUAGAAAUAUGAAAAAUAAGAGUUAAAAUACAUUCAAUUGUUAGGAAAUAAUUAUAAAAAUGCUUGCGAGGUAUGUAUAAACAUGCAAUGUUCACUCCAUUAUGUGAAUAAAUAAAUUACGAAAUGUAA